CCAGUUUCUCGGGGCGACUUCUUGUCAUCUUUCACAUAAUAUCCUUUCAUAAACAGUGUUCACAGAGGAAGUGCGAUUGUUAGAAUGUGUUCAAGUUCAGAAAAAGGCGCCAAAGAUAUGAAUUCGUAAAGACGUGAAAUACGAAAUUACGCAAAUCGGCCUUCAUUUGCUAAACAAAACGAGAGAGAAAAAUAUUUGCAGCCGAUAAGGGUUAUUUUCCAAUAUCACGUCUGCCUCUCGUUCCACAAGAAUGUUGAUGUUCGUAAUAACUGCCCUGGCAUUUCCUACCCUAACUCUUUCAGGUAACCCGUGCACAGUGCAAGAACUCAGAGUCAACGCAGAACCAGUUAUGAAGACUUAUAUUAACUACACUUUUAUCGGGCCAGCUAACUGUUCUUCGCUUAGGUGUAGUGGACCAGUCAGCAGUGCGUCUAUAAUUACCUGUGAAGACACCAGUCGGCAAUUAUACUCCUUUACGAUCCAGGGAAACCGGAGAACGGGCUUGAAAUGCGUGAAGAGCAGGGGCUGCGUGAGGCUCAAGUGCGGUCCUCUCGCGUCCUCUCCCGUCCACGUCUCCGGAGUCGUCAGGAAUAUAACGAUCAGCAGGCCGUUUUUCAGUGAUAAUUGUUGUGUAACAGGCGGUCUGUUUAUAUUUACUUCGAAAUUAUCUGCUCUUGUGCGAGGAAUGGCCGGGGUUGCCAUCCACUGGCAGAGCGGGAUGUCAACGCGGAUCACCUACAAGUUAACUGGCUUCUGGAAUACUUCAUAA